ACGACACAUAGAUUUUGAUAGAAAAAAACUCGACGCCUAUGGGAUAAAACGAUCGUAAGAGACGACGUCCGUUCGCUCGUCUUUUCGUCGAGCGAACCCAUAUCCGUACACGGCAGUCGCUCUCUGCGAGCGGAAGCCAUGAAUCUUUAUUAAAUCCACGAAAAUGUCGAAACAGUCGCGUGGCUCGUGUGCUCGUUCUCUAUGGUCUCCAAAAAAGUAUUUAUUUCUCCCAUCCUCCCUUUUCUCGUGCAAUAUGCGCGAUUCUGAUUUAUUUUUUGGCUAUUUACAUUGUGUAACGCGCCACUCGUCAUAUACAUUUGUACGUAUAUAUGCGUCAUAAUGUGACUUUUUUUUGUUUUCGGUAACGCGCCGCUUUCAUCGAGCGAAUAAUCACGAAAAUUGUUCACAAGGCAAAAAUGGAUAUGAUAUAAAUGGAUAUGAUAAUUUCAUAUGAUAAAUAAUCGUCUCCACAUAGGAGAUUUUUCAUUUUUAUCUUCACAUAAUUUUUGAUCGAAAAUUGCAUCAGUGCAUAAUUUUUGCCAAAUGUAUAUAUAUUGUAUACAUAUUGUCUCCUCAAUUAUGUUCUAUGAUUCUUUUCUGCUUUACUAAUCGUAUAAUAUAAUAGAAUGUAAAAAUUUAUCAAUUUUAUAUGCGAGCACGAGAAGAUGCACGAUGCGUCGCUUGAUGAUCUGUGUCAGCCUUUUUAAAAAGUGAUAUUAUCAGUGAUUUAUUUCUGAUCUUUUUGCUUCUACGUGCCGACGUUAUUACCAUCAUAAAUUCAGGCAUGUCCACGAUGUAUUUGAUAUAUCUGACCUGACCUAUUCGCUUGUCUUCCCAACUUCCAUCUUCCAUGCAUUUUAGAAAUUUUAUAAAAAUAAUGAAAUUUCUCUAAUCAAUGUUGUUUAUAUCUUUUUCACAAAUUCAUCGUUUGAUGAAUUAUACUAUUUUUUUUCCAUAUAUAAUAUUACAUUUAUGUACAAUUCUAUUUCUGUUUCUAUUGUGUAAUAUCUGAGCUUAUCUCUUAUUUCUCGUUUUUUCUUCACACUGGUCUUACAAUAUUUUAGCAUUUAGCAGUCAUUAAAUAAGAGCAAGUAGUAGAUAAAAUUUUGUGGUAAAAAAAAUAUGAUUAGUAUCUGAUUCGUAAUGAGAUACGUUUAUUAUUUUAAUUAUAUCAAUGAAUGGAGAAAUACUUCAAAUAAACUAUUGCUGUCGUGUUAAUUAAAUUCAAAUGUUAAAUUAUUAAAACUACUAAAAAAAGUGCGAAAAAAACACAAUGUGUAUAUAUUUUUAACUGCAAUAUUAAUUUCAUAAAUCUUAUUAUCAUUUAUCUCUCUUGUCUCCCCUUCCAUCUUGUCUUCCUCUUUCUCUUUUAUUCUGAAUUUAUAAAAAUUUAAAUAAAGCUACGUAAGAUUCUGACAAAAAAAAAAGAACAAUUUUAGCUACUUCUAUAUUUAAUAAUUUUAUAAUACUCAUUAAAUUAACAAUAUAAAUCGAAAGCAAACGCGUGAAGUACAUCGCGCUAAUUCUAUAUUUGAUUUAUUUCUUGUGAUAAUUAAUGUUUAUGAUAAUGUAGCACCAUGCAAUAAAAAAAAGCGUUAUUUCUUUAAGAAGCGGUGAGAAAAGCUGAUAAUAAUUGUUCAACAAUUAACGUCUAAAACAUCAUGAAGUCAAUUCUGAAUGUAUCGUCAAACGUUUAUUAGACAGCUUGUAUAAGAAACUUUGUUAUUACGUGAGGUGCAUAAAUUCUUGCAAAAACUAAUAAACUUGAUCGCAUUUAAAUGGGUGGAAUCGGGUGACUCGUUUGUCUUAAACAGUGAAGCAACAGCUAGUAGGGAUGGUUUAUAAUGAGUCGAAGAAGAGUAGAAAGAAGAGUCUAGAGUCUAGAUGGGAGGUAAUGAUGAAAGAGAGAAAGAGAGGAGAGCAAAAUGUGUGUGUGUGUGUGUGAGUGAGAGAGGGGGGGGGGAGGAAGCAGAAGGAAGGAGAAAGGGUAUAUAUCUAUACAUCUUUGGUGUAAGAGCGACGGUGAUAUCAGUGGUAGUGGUGUACACACCGUUUAAGCUCACGGGGAAAACUGUAGGAGCGCGAACGCAAGCUUGAAGCGCGGGUGCGGACUUCAGUCGCGUGCGACAUACGCUCCCGGUUGCCACGGUUCGUACACAAUUGGAAAGUUUGUUUCCUUGAUAAAAAAUAUGCCAGUUAAAAUAUUUGUGUUAAAUAUUUAACACAUUUACGUGUUAAAUUAACAUAUUGCUGUCGUGUUAAUUAAACUUAAAUGUUAAAUUAUUAAAACAACUAAAAAAAGUGCGAAAAUAACACAAUGUGUACAUAUUUUUAAUUUUACCCAAUAAAUAUGUUCCGUAUUAUUAGUGACAGAAUUUAUGUGUUAAAAUUUACAAAAACAAUGUUAAUUCUAUUCUACAGUAGCAGUGAGAAUGACUACAGAUCAUUUCUGUCUCACCUCUUGGAAAUUGUCAAUAAUUAUGAGGGAUAAAUUUACAUUCAGCUCGGGAGUUCCGAAUAUGCAUGAGACUCUCUCUAGUUUUCCGGAACAAUUUGGAGAUGGUCCGAGGAAACCGGAAAUAAAGUCAGAAAUUCUGAAAGAAACGGAUAGGACUAUGGACAAUCUAAAGUGCGGUUGGUAUUGGUUCAGACCAAUUUGUUUACAGAAAUUUCGCACAGCGAAAUGGGCGCUUUUCUGGUUAUGUUGGGCCGGGGCUAUGCAGGGAAUGGUCGUAAAUGGAUUUGUAAAUGUUGUCAUAACGACGAUAGAGAAAAGAUUUGGAUUAAAAUCAUCGGAAUCGGGGUUAAUAGCGGGUGGAUAUGAUAUUGCUAGCUUCCUUCUUCUCGUACCAGUAAGCUAUCUUGGUGGCCGUGCGAAAGCAUCGAAACCGAGGUAUAUCGGCGUAGGAAUUCUAGUCCUAGGUAUUGGAAGUUUGCUGUUUGCAUCUCCACAUUAUCUUGCUGGACCAUAUAGAGGAGAUCAGCAAACAGAAAAUGUAUGCCAAAGUAUCACUAAUACGUCGAGCCAUUCGAUAUCCUGCACGGAUCAAUCUACCGUUCAAGCGGAGCUAGAGCCUUACAGUGGCGUGUACUUAACCAUAUUUCUGGUAGCACAGCUGUUACAUGGUGCCGGUGCGGCACCUUUUUAUACACUCGGGGUGACAUAUUUAGACGAAAAUGUUUCAAAAAAAAUGUCCUCAGUGUAUUUAGGUAUUUAUUAUACUAUGGCCAUAAUAGGACCUGCAUUAGGUUACGUUAUCGGUGGUGAACUAUUGAAAAUUUACACGGACUUUCUCACGGUAGAUUCCACAACAAUUGGAUUAACUCCUGAUAGUAAUGUUUGGAUUGGAGCAUGGUGGAUUGGAUUUUUGGCUGCAGCUGUUAUUUGCUUCAUCAUUGCAGUACCCGUUUUGGCAUUUCCAGCAGCUUUACCAGGAUCAGAGGAAUUAGCUAAAGAUAAAGUGUCAGAGGCACACGAGAAAUCGACCCGACCUUCUACUGCGGAAACAGGGAAAGUGUUUUCCAAAAUACGAGAGCUACCACGUGCUCUGACCGAAUUGCUUGGAAAUCCAGCAUUUUUUAUGCUGAAUUUGGCAGGUGCCAGUGAAGGAUUGCUGAUUGCCGGAUUUGCUGCCUUUCUACCAAAAUUGAUUGAAAAUCAAUUCAGCGUCAAUGCUAGUUCGGCUGCAUUGUUAAUGGGAUUAGUAACCGUACCGGCAGGGGGUGGUGGUACUUUUCUCGGAGGUUACCUGAUAAAACGUUUCAAUUUGCCCUGUUCUGGCAUUUUGAAAUUUUGUCUAUUGGCAACGGCUGCCUGCGUCGCUUUUACAUUAUGCUUUGCUUUAAACUGUCCAAACAUAGACUUCGCCGGAUUAACUGUUCCUUAUCAAAAUAUCACAAGAAAAAUUUCAUUAUCUGUGGAAAACAUCUGCAACAAUGGCUGCGGAUGCUCAAAAUUACAAUUUGAUCCUGUAUGCGGCGUUGAUGGAAUAACAUAUUAUUCACCAUGCUACGCUGGAUGUCAUCGUGAAACAUCAAUAAAGGAUGUUAAAAUAUACAUGAAUUGUAGUUGCAUUCAUUCACCAGCGAUGAAUUUAACAACCGAAGAUAGUGGCGACAUUAUUCAUUACCAAGCUAUCAACACUACUUGUGGAAGCACGUGCUCAUAUCUAUGGUUGUUUAUCGUUUUGGCAUUUUGCAAUAUGUUUAUGACUUUUUUAUGUACAAUGCCAGCACUUUCAUCUACAUUGCGAGUUGUUCGAGACGAUCAGAGAUCGUUUGCUUUAGGCAUACAAUGGAUCAAAGUUCGGAUUUUGGGAACAAUACCAGCACCGAUGGUAUUUGGCGCUCUUAUAGAUGAUACUUGCAUUUUAUGGAACGAAACGUGCGAUGGUAGAGGAGCAUGUCUCGCAUAUGACAAUUAUUAUAUGAGCAGAUACAUGCUUGCUCUAGCAUUUAUUGGAAAAGUAGCUUCGCUUCUUUUCUUUUUCCUAGCAUGGUGGACAUAUAUCCCACCCAGAAAUAGAGACAUCGAUCAAAAUUCGCGGCAGCAAACUACUGCUACUUUAACGUUGAGCGACACAUCUCAAGAAGUUCAAAUAGUACCAGCCACGAUAGCAUAAAUUUAUUUUGUUUUUUAGAAAAUUAAAUUCUCUUACACUAUUACUUUAUAGAAAUAUGGUAGAAAUAAUUACAGUUUAUUUGUUUAUUAGACGGAUAAACAAAUGUUUCAGCAUAUCUUUUUUUAGUAGGACAAACUGUGAGACAUAAAAUGAUUCCAAUGUACAACAAGUCAUCACAAAUGCAUAAGCAAAUAUUAAUGGGAUAAAUGUUUAUAUGUUAAUAGAGCGCUCGUGAAAAAAUGGAAGAGUAUGAAAACUCUUUCUUGCGCGUUAAAAAUGCAACAAAUUUUUGAUAAUCCUACUUACUUGAUAACUAUACUUAAGGUUUGGAAGACAAUCAAAUGAUAUUAAAACAAAUUCCAAUUAUUGUGAUAAAGAUUUUAUAAAAUCCAAAGCUUUUGCAUCUUCCUCUUUCUCUAUAAUAAACAAACCGCCAUGCUGUUAAGAGCACAGAUCAAUUUAGGCACUUUUAAAAUAAAGAAGAACUUCCAAGCCUUAACUUAUAAUGUAAAUUUUUAUAAUCCUAACAUUUACAAAUUGCCAAUUAAAAUUAGUUAGACCUAUAUUUCCUAUAAUGAUAAAUAUUGAUAUUACUAUGUAUCCGAAAAGAAAAACACAAACUCAUAAAUUUUGGAGACAUUUCUGCAAAUAUAUCAAUACUUUGAUGAUUGUCUAAUAUAUCAUCGAUUUGAUAUCAAAUUUUUUACUGUAAUUAUUUUUGUUAAAUGGAAGAAAUGCUAAUUUGCCUAGAAUAUUUAUACAUGUCAUGAAUAAAAAACUAUUGAGAUAUA